UCAUUUUUUGGCGAAGAAGAAAGCCUUACAGGAAGUUCACACGAUUGGACUGGAUUUGCAGCAGUUACUACUAUUCUGUUAAAAUAUGAAAUAUAUAAAUAUUAAGCUAUACAAUAAUAAGAAGUAACUGGCCUUUAGAAUAGUACGAAAACUUGGAGUUUGCAUAGUGAACCUCGUUUAAGGAAAUGCCGUUGUUAAUUCAAAAUAGAGCACUUGACCGCAUUACCUCGACAGGGGAGCUGUUCGACAGACAUCCACAUUUAAAGGAAAAUGCAAGAACAUUUCGCUCCCAGCCACUUGUAUAUGUCGACCCUAAGUGCCUCUUGUACGUCCAACAAAGAGAGUUUGCAGCAACAACACCAGCAGACAAAUCUGUUUCAGUAAUCGGAUCUGGUGAUGCCACCACCUGCCAUUUUGUUGUGCUGCGACACACCGGAAGUGGAGCUGUUUGUCUUGCCCACUGCGAUGGUUCCUGCACCUGGUCUGAAAUCCCGCUUAUUGUGAAAGCUGUGACAUCACUGAGUAACGUCAGUAAGGAGGGCAGACUUGAGCUCCAUCUUGCUGGAGGAUUUAACGAUGAGUCAAAAACAUCCCAUAAACUCAGCCUUAACAUACUGGCAGCUUUCCAGAAACAGAAAGAGGAAAUUCAUCUGGAAACAUGCUGCAUCACAGAAAUGAAUGACAUUGUUGUUGAUGGAAAUCAUAGUCCUGUAGUAUAUGGCAUAGGUGUAAAUGUUACUACAGGGGAUGUGUUUCCUUCGUCAUUUACUCACAAAGGACCAGCAGAGGAGCUGCGGUCAGCAAGGACCUUCACUGGGGGACAGAUGGCAGACAUAUAUGACUCGAGUCGAGGCCUCGUUAAAAUUGGCCCUUGCAGUUGGUCCCCAAAUCUGGAUAUCGGCUUCUGGUUGUCACAAGAGGAUGACACUAUUUUGAAGUACCUGUCCACCUCUCCGCUGGCUGAGCCGCCUCACUUCGUCCAGCACAUGAAGACCACCAUCCAGUUCCUCCUAGAACAUCCCAGCUCUGAUAACCUGUUCCCCGGGGGGCAGCCGCAGCUCUACCACAGGUCGGAGAGGGGGGACUGGGAGAGGGCUGUGUAGUCAUAGAGCCUGCCUCCCACUGGACCUUAACAUUCAACCCUUUUUUGCCUCUCAGCUCAAUGGAUACACUAUGACCCAUCCACCUGCUGUCUGUUUUUUGUUCAUCGUGUCUUAUCAUGGGGGUAUCCCCCCCCCCCGCGCUGUAUGUCUCAUCUGGCUGGUCCAGUAGAGAGAGCAGACGAGUACAAGUGAAGCUGUUCAUGCCUGUAACAUUUAAUUUGUUCCCACUCCUAAGAUGUAAAGUCUGCAACUUGCGUAACACCUGCUGUUGCAGUAAGUUAAUGCCCCACUAUGCUUGACUGUUUAGAUUAUGAAAGGAAAUAAUUAACAAUCCUGUCAUAUGCCCAGUAGUUAGGGUCUGAGACCGCGAGCGAUUACAAUAGUUAUCAUUUGGUUUUAAGCCCAAAAACGAUGGCUGCAUUUGUUCCAAAACAUUCUCUUAUCUAUUCAUUUCCUGCUCUGCAUGUUGGGGAUAUCAUUUGACAGUUUAUUGACAUUCAGAAUUCCGACUUCAUUUAAUUGCCUUUUAUAUUUUUGUCAUUGAGUUGAUGUUUUCAGUUACUCUGUCACCAGGUGUGUUUAACUAAAGUUAAGUCUGAAAACCAAUCAAUUUCUGAGAGAUAUAAUAUCAGUCUAAAACAUACAUAUGACUUGCAACUGCAUGCAUGUUGUGUAUUGAGUGGGGCUAAACAUGUAAAAUAUGUAAAAUUAAAAAAGCCCAACCUACUUUUUGAGGAAAACUACAAGUAGGGAACUUGCUGCAACACAAAUUAAGAAUACAUUUAUUUUUGGCAUUUUGUCUAAAACAUUGAGGAUAAUAUGUAUUGCUAUGCCUUCCACUAAAAACGCAACUUCCUGGGGGGAACGAAAUAUAAUAUUUCCUCAUAUACUGCUGUAUACUUUGCCAUGAAUGUGUGUGUUUUAGGAAACUUGCAUGUGUAAAUGUGUAUAGCUAUAUGGAUCCUUGUCAAACGCAACAGAAUAUGAUUUUAGUAGAUGUGUUUUUUGAGUUUGUUGAAAUGAAAUCAACACCAUAUACUGUAUAAGGCCUUUUCAUCAGCUGUGUUAUUCAGAAGGCUGACAGGUGCUUAAAGCAUUCAGUGCAACUUCAUGCAACUUGUGAACAUACUGUACCUGUUGCUAAAUAAAUGUUAACCGGUCCAAUCUA